CCCGCGUGGGGUCGACGCGGGACUUGACCGGCAUGGCGUUUCGGCAGGCGCUACAGCUGGCGGCCUGCGGCCUGGCAGGGGGCUCGGCCGCGGUGCUCUUCUCGGCUGUGGCAGUGGGGAAGCCCCGCGCGGGCGGGGACGCGGAACCGCGCGUGGUCGAGCCCCCGGCGUGGGCGGGGGCCGCGCGCCCGGGGCCCGGCGUCUGGGACCCCAACUGGGACAGGAGAGAACCACUGUCCUUGGUCAACCUGCGGAAGAGGAGCCUAGAGCCUGGAGAAGAGGAGCUGACAUCCAGGCUGGACCACUGCAAGGCCAAGGCCACACGGCACAUCUUCCUCAUCAGGCACUCCCAGUACCACGUGGACGCCUCCCUGGAGAAGGACCGCACGCUGACGCCCCUGGGUCGUGAGCAGGCUGAACUAACUGGUCUGCGACUUGCAAGCUUGGGGUUGAAGUUUAAUAAAAUCGUCCAUUCCUCCAUGACCCGUGCGGUAGAAACCACUGACAUCAUCAGUAAACACCUGCCAGGCGUCUGCAAGGUCAGCACAGACCUGCUGAGGGAAGGCGCCCCCAUCGAGCCCGACCCCCCUGUUUCUCACUGGAAGCCGGAGGCUGUGCAGUAUUAUGAAGAUGGAGCACGGAUCGAGGCCGCCUUCCGGAACUACAUCCACCGGGCAGACGCCAAGCAGCAGGAGGACAGCUAUGAGAUCUUCAUCUGCCAUGCCAACGUCAUCCGCUACAUCGUGUGCCGGGCGCUGCAGUUCCCUCCAGAAGGCUGGCUCCGCCUUUCCCUCAACAACGGCAGCAUUACCCACCUGGUGGUCCGGCCCGAUGGCCGAGUGGCUCUCAGGGCCCUCGGGGACACAGGGUUCAUGCCUCCUGACAAGAUCUCCCGUUCCUGAGGGCCGCUUUGAGGCCCUGCGUCCUCCUCAGCCCGUUGCCGGCCUGGUGUGCGUGCCGCCAAGACCGCAGUUUCCCCCGUGUCCCCCCCACAGGCUGCGCAGCGGGGACGGCCACCUCUAGGUGGCAGGAAAGCAAAAGGAUCUACAACACAGAGUUCUUAACUCACGGUCCAGGAUGGAAAAGGGAAGUGCUCAGAUCAGACCAGCUUCAUCUCUUUCGCAGGAUGUCUGCCUCCCUCUCAUCCAGGACGAGCCUGAGGGGUCCAGGCAGGCCUGUUUGAGGGACUGGAUGAGGCCCCCCAGAUGCCAUGACUGUAGGGACCAGGCAGACACUGCAGCAGGCUGUCCGCCAGCAGAGCCCGUCAGGCAGGAGGAAGAGGAGGAGGGCGCAGCGCUUCUUCUGUUUGUAACUUAUUCUGCUUUGUACAUUCGUUUCCUAAAACUUGUCACUUACAUAAAGAUUUUUCUCAUCUGGUUCUUGCUUUGAAAACCAGUUUCUCACUCCAAAGUCACACCUCCCUGACGCUGUGGGAUCUGAACUUUUGUGUCGUGAGGCCUUUCUGGACACACAGGAGGAGCACCUUGGCCAGUGAGGGAGGUGACUUGAGCUGCUGGCCUCACCAGAGAGGCAGUGAUGAAUGCCCCAUGAGCGGCCCGUUUCAGUAAAACGUCCAACUGACAGUUCAGUCCUUGUUUGCCUCUUGUUUGUUGGCUGUUAAUCUUUUAUGCUUAUGGAUUAAAAUAUUUAGUGUGUCCAUCCCAAAUUUCUGUUAUUUUAGGAGGAAGUACAAUUUUUAUUGAGUGGUUAUGAAUAUUUUCUGUAAUCAGUGCAACUAAUUGGAGUAUUUGAUGUUUCUGUCAAUUUUGGAAAUAACUACAAAAUAAAAUUUUAUUUUACUGGUU